UGUUGGCCGCAGUGUUUGAUUUUCCCGCAAGCUGCUUCAGCCUCGACCUGAAUGAAAGGCUCCGUGUGACGGGAUGAGUCCGGACGCUUCGUCCCUCUAACCGCCGACAGGACCUCAACAGCUCAUCGAGCCUGGAGGGGGCUGAGGUGGGAUGGACACUAAAGGUAGCUCUCUGCCUUCCAUGCCCGAACCAGCCAACCCCAUCAGCAUGAAGCAGCCGCCGGAGUCCCUCGGCGUACGGAAAGGUCGGGGGGACCUGAGCGGUGACCCGGCUCUGCUCAUGGACAAAGCCGCUGCCCAGCUGGCCGCCACACUACAAGACGGCGCCCUCCAGAAGAUGGCCGGCCACAGUCACAACAACCACAGCCACGAGAGGCUCAAAGACCUCACCUCCCGGGUGCUGAACGGAGACCAAGACCCGCUGCCCAAGCUCUGUGCUCCAGAGCCUGCCAUGCUCAAGGGCGCCGAGGUCCCCGCCACCAACGGCACCCACCAGCACAAUUGCAGCCCUCAUACAGAAUCGGAACUGAAGGUGACGGUGCCCCAGGUGAUGGAGCAGCCGCCGUUUGAACCGUGCCUUGCCAAUGGGACCAGUUUGGCCAGCGAGGGUACGAUACCUGGACCCGAGAAGAGACAGGACGUGAAGAAGAGAGGAGGCAGACCUGUCAAACCAAAACCUCAACUGAACCACAGCCCCUCUAUCGUCCCUCUGGAGCAAGUCGACCACACGAAUGCUGCAGAUGGAACCGGAGCAGCUGACAAGCUCGAUCUCCUCCCGGAGGUGGAGGUGGAGGCGGAGGUGGAGGCGUCAGAGAAGCCUCCCUCCCUGAUCCGGUUCUCUGUUGGAGACCUGGUUUGGACGAAGGUGUCGGGGUACCCCUGGUGGCCUUGCAUGGUGACCACAGACCCAGAGUUCAGCCACCACUUCAAACAGAAAGCAGCCAACAGCCGGUCAGGCCUCCUCUACCAUGUGCAGUAUUUUGGAGAUGCCCCGGAGAGAGGCUACAUCUUUGAGAAGAACAUGGUGUUGUUCUCUGGAGAGGAUCAAUACCAGCAGCUCAGUCUGGGAAACAAACAAGCAGCUUCCUGCAACAUCCACAAAAAGGCGACUCCCUCCGUACCCCGCAAGCUGCAGGCCCAGUGGAACAUGGGCAUCAUUCAGGCCAAGGAGGCCCUCAGCAUGUCGCUGGACGAGCGCAUGAUGAACUUCACGUUUCAGUACGACGACGACGGGCCGCGCCUGAACCUCGGACUCCUGGAGAAACUGAAGCCGAAAUACAGCGACGAGAUGAACCAGGAAACGGUGUCACGCCUGAGCCCAGCCCCCCCCUCCCUGCUGGUAAAUACCCACACAACAAAAUAUGGUCCAGUUUCUUCUGAGCCAGUUGAACCAGUCGCACCUCAGAAGAAGAAGAGACGACCCAGACAGCCUCCGUCUCCAACCAAGACGGUGAGGAGACGGAACAAACCUGCAGUGCAGAAGUCUGCCGACCCGGUGAAGAAGAGGAAAUCAAAGCUGGCGUCUCCGACCGACGCGGCUUCAGAACUUGUCUCACCACCGGUUCCAGCUCCAGUGGACAAAGUGAAGAAAAGACGAAAGAGAGCGACUCCUGCCGAGCAGACGACCGAUUCUUCAGUUAAGAGGGAGAGAAAGAAGGCUCCUAAGAGGAAGCAGCCGGACUCCGCAGCCGACAAGGAGCAGGCGCCCAAGAGACGCAAGACGAGCAAAGAGGCUGAGAAACAGGCGUCGACCUCGGCGGUAACGCAACCAAAGAGGAGAAGAACCAAGAAAACUGACGUGGAAGUGAAGGAAACCAAGAGACGACAGAGGAAGUCGAAAGAUCCUCUGGCUGACGAUCCAGACGCGGUGAAACCAAAGCGCCGGAGGAAAAGGAAACAGGAUGGAGAGAACCAGGCCACACCUGCCAAGACGAAGAAGAGAAGGGCCUCUCCGUGUCCCGAUCCUGAGGGCUCUGGGAGUGAAGGACGUCCUGAGUCUCCGAGCGACAGCCUGGACGGGACCAAGAAGGGCGAAAGGAAGAAGGAAUUUGUUUGCCAGAUGUGUGAGCAGGCUGGUGAGGACCUGCUUCCCUGUGAAGGACAGUGCUGUGGCAUGUUUCACCUGCACUGUCUGGGUCUGACGUUAAAACCCGACGACAAGCUGCUGUGUCCGGAGUGCAGCACCGGAAUCCACUCGUGUUUCACCUGUAAGAAGUCAGACGGCCAGUUGCUCCGCUGCCACGUCCUUCACUGCGGCAAGUUCUACCACGAGGCGUGCGUCCGCCUCAACUCGCUCAGCCUCUUCGACAACAAGGGCCUCCGCUGCCCACUGCACACCUGCCUGAGCUGCCACUACGGCUGCAGAGCCAAGCCCAAGUCCACCAAGGGCAGGUUGAUGCGUUGCCUGCGCUGCCCCGUGGCGUACCACAUCGGGGACCUGUGUGUGGCAGCCGGCAGUGAGAUGAUCACCAACACCGCCAUCAUCUGCACCAACCACUUCAACGCCAAGAAGGGCUACAGCCACCACAGCCACGUCAACGUCAGCUGGUGCUUCGUCUGCUCCAAAGGAGGACAGCUGCUGUGCUGCGAGUCCUGUCCGGCAGCUUUUCACCCCGACUGUCUGAACAUCGCAAUGCCUGAUGGGAGCUGGUUCUGCAACGACUGCCGAGCCGGGAAGAAACCCAAGUACAGAGACAUCAUCUGGGUCAAACUCGGAACCUACAGAUGGUGGCCUGCAGAGAUCUAUCACCCGAGGGUCAUCCCCACCAACAUCCAGCACCUUCGCCACGAGAUCGGAGAGUUUCCCGUCUUCUUCUUCGGGUCCAAGGAUUACUUCUGGACUCACCAGGGCCGCGUGUUUCCCUACAUGGAGGGGGACCGGGGCAGCAAGCACCAGAGGACCGGAAUCGGCAAAGUCUUUAAGAACGCUCUGUUGGAAGCUGAAGCUCGAUUCAAGGAGAUCAAAAUUAAACGAGAGGCGAAGGAAGCGCAAGAGAACAGUCGGAAACCGCCGCCAUACAAAUUCAUCAAGGUCAACAAACCCUUCGGCAAAGUUCAGGUCUGGACCGCCGACAUCUCCGAGAUCCCAAAGUGCAACUGCAAGCCGGCGGACGAGAGGCCGUGCGGGUUCGAGUCCGAGUGUCUGAACCGCAUGCUGCAGUACGAGUGCCACCCUCAGGUGUGUCCCAGCGGCGAGCGCUGCUGCAACCAGGACUUCACCAAACGCCUUUACCCAGAGACCAAGAUCAUCAAGGCCCCCGGCAAGGGCUGGGGCCUGGUCGCCCUGCGGGACAUCAAGAAGGGUGAGUUUGUGAACGAGUACAUUGGCGAGCUGGUGGACGAGGAGGAGUGCAGGGCGAGGAUCAAGUACGCCCACGAAAACAACAUCACUGACUUCUACAUGCUCACCAUAGACAAGGAUCGGAUCAUCGACGCGGGGCCGAAGGGAAACUACUCUCGCUUCAUGAACCACAGCUGUCAGCCCAACUGUGAGACGCAGAAGUGGACGGUGAACGGGGACACGCGAGUCGGCCUGUUCGCCGUCCGGGACAUCCCAGCAGGGACCGAGUUGACCUUCAACUACAACCUGGACUGCCUCGGCAACGAGAAGACGGUCUGUCGCUGUGACGCCCCGAACUGCAGCGGCUUCCUCGGGGAUCGGCCCAAGAACUCGAACGGCCAAGCAGCCGAGCCCAAAGCCAAGAGGCUGAAGAGGAAGUAUAAGAAGAGGAAGAGCGAGGGGAAGAAAAAGUCUGAGGACGAGUGUUUCCGCUGCGGAGACGGAGGUCAGCUGGUGCUCUGCGGCAAGAAGGCCUGCACCAAAGCUUAUCACCUGUCCUGCCUGAACCUCACCAAGAGGCCCUUCGGGCGGUGGGACUGCCCCUGGCACCACUGUGACGUCUGCGGGAAGAACUCGGACUCGUUCUGUCAGCUCUGCCCGAACUCCUUCUGCAAGGUUCACCAGGAGGGGGCGCUGCGCCCGUGGCCCCCCACAGGGCAGCUGUGCUGUCUGGAGCACGAGGAGCUGGAAGGAGCCGACAGCCAGGAACCAGGAAUCAGCUCGGAGGCAGCGACAUCGACCCCCCCCACCACCACCACCGCCGCCAGUCGACCUGCUAAAGGCUCCAGGAAGGCCGACGGAGCCCAGGCCAAAACAAAGGGCUCCAAGAGGAAAGCAGCCGAGGCCUGAAGUGACCUUUGACCCCUCCGAGAGCCAACAGACCAAACCAGACUCUGACACUUGCUCCCCUCGUUAGAAACAAACAUAAACCCCACGUUCUACCGUCUUCAAGGUCACAGGAGCCGAGGACCUGUUCAUCUCCGUCAGGGAAAGCCGCUCGAACCUUCUUCAUUUCACCUUCAACCAGUUUCAGGUUCUGAUUUGAACUCGUCUGCACUGAGGCACGAAGCAGCCGCUCAGGAAGCUGCGGACUCCGACUCCUCCACCAACCAAACUGCCUUCUGGUAUCUAGUUUUAGUUUUGACUUGAGUUUUCAAACCAACACGAGGAACCCGUUGGUUUCUGCUGACCCCCCCCCCCCCCCCCCCCCCACGUGGACCAUCUCGAGCGAGUUUUAGAGAUAUAUCUAUAUACGUGUUUAUCAAAGACCAAAACUAUAAUUACUGGAAUAUUGUGAGACAUCAGACAGGUUUGCCAAAUGCAGCGCUUUUAUUUUUUUAUAUAUAGUAUAUAUAUUCCAGAUGUAAUAUCAAAACACCAAGACACUAUGGAUCGGCCUCAGAUGACCUCUUUACUUUAAUACCGUAGCCAUAGGUUACAUUUAACCCUAGACGUUUUUUUACAACCUGUCAUUUUGUUUUAGUUUCAGCUUUUAGAUUUUGAUUCUUUUGGGUUUUGUUUAGUGUCGGGACGCUGAACCUUUUAUCUUCCUGCGUGUCUGGAGAGCGAGGGAUCAGAGGAGGUGUUAGAAACCCAGGAGCUGACGUAAAGAAACACUACUGGGAGGUUUUAAAGGUUUCUGACGUAAAACAUGAAGGAACGACAGCGAAGCUCUUGAACCUGUUUCCCACGUUGAGUGUUUGGUGCUGACGUCACGGUGCUUUCCACCGAGUGAUCUGACGUCACCAAGGAACUGAGACGUUCAAUCACUGAGUCGUUCAUCUGGAGCCGAGGUUUUGAGGAGCUGUUUUCAGACGUGACCGCUGGAGAACGUCCAGACCACUGGGUCCAGAGCUUCUUUCACAACAGGAGAAAUGUCCAAAACGACGAGGGGGUGGAGCCGGCGGUGGAAGUCACAUGGUUUUGUUUACAGCACAUCAGGAAUCUCUGGAAUCUCGUUUUUUCCACAUUGACCACUUCGUCUUCUCCGUGUGAGGCUCCUCCUCCUCCUCCUCAUACUGGGACCAGUGUCUCUCUGUUUCCUCACCUGGUCUCAGUCGAUGUCUGGAAACGGCCUCAUGACUUCGGCCUUUCGUUAUUUUAAUCCUCAGGAGGUUUUUAGUCUCUAAACUGCAUCUUGUUGUUUGAUACUCGAACACAAGCUAACGACACACUGGCUAAUUCCUUCACUCAGAAAUAACUCAGCGUCACAUCUGUAGAUCCUCUGUGACUCGGGGCUCAGGCUAAUUCCUGGUUUCAGUAUUGAACCGUUCCCAUGUAUCUUCUAAUCAGUUAUUUGUAAAUCAAGAAGCUGAAGCUGUUAAGAAGUUUUCAAGCACGUUUAAUAAUGUGGAGACGCCGCGUCGUUACCCAGAAUUCCUCACUGUCCUCAAACAAAUCAUGACCCGUUUCACUUGUCUUGUCUCAUCGUCGGUUAUAAGAUAUUUUCUAACAUUGAGGCUACACACGUUUCUUGUCUCUUUAAGUUCAUAUUUGACUUUUGUUUUUAAAAAAAAAACGUUGGACUCUUGAAUCCCCUCGUGAUCUCUACAUCUCCAGAAAGCAGGAUUUGACUUGAACUCACGCGACAGCAGGUUUUUGGUUUUGUUUUAACUGCACCUUCUGAGUGUUUUGGUUUCUCCCGGUUCACCUGAGCGGGACGUGUUCCAGUUGUCGUCCUAACCCUAACGUGUGUUGAGUGGAUCUAGUCCAGCCAGUUGUUUUUUUUGUAAGCACUGUAAUUCACUGUAGAGCUGAAGUGUAACGUGUGCGUAGGGGUUUUCAUUCUGUAACUACUGUCAUAGUAAACCAGAGACUAAUAUGUACAUAAUGUAUAAGUGGUUAUAGUGAUGCAUCUAUUGUAAAUAUCAUACAAGUUCUCUGACGUAUGUUUUUCUUUUUGUUUUUUUCUUGAUGCUGAAAAACACUUUUGUGCAGGAUCUCACUCGUCUGUUGAUUCGUGCAAUAAAAAGUGAUGGAACGUGA